AUGAAGCGCAAGCGUGGGAAGAAGAAAGGCAAAUCAAAAAAGCCUGUGGUGGUAGUGAAGGAGCAAACCCAGAAUGUCAUCAGUCUAAAUACGGAGGAUAAUUCUGGUACGGGGAACGUUGAUAAUGAUGAAUUGGACUCAGGCAAGGAGAUUGAGAGCGUUGAGACACCAUCAUCAACUGAUCAGCCAGAGAAACUUGCUAGUAUUAAUUCUGAAAGAUUAGUUAAUAGGCCAGCUGCUAACUUGGUUUAUGGGCGUGUUAAAGUGAAAAUCAAGACAUCAAAAGCAUUAGACUCUCAGCUUUCGGAUGCACCUACACAAAGUGAUACUGACAAGAGUAGCCAGCAAGGGGGUCUAGAAAAGCGUGUAGUAGUUAGUGAGAAAGUGGAAGACAGUGCCAACUCAUUGCCUGAUGUGAAUCCAUGUGUAUCUGGGAACCAAUCCAAGAAAAGUGGGGGCAUAAAAAUUAAGUCGUCCAAAGGAUUUGCUUCUCCAGUUAUAAAUCCAUGUGGUAGUUUUUCUGUUGUGCAAAGUGAGCAGACACACCAGAAAGAUCCGGGGUUACUUCGGCGGGGUCCUCGGUAUAAUGAGCAAGAAUUAAAUGCCUCUUUGGAGGUAAUCAAGAAGAUUAUGAAAAUGGAUGCAGCUGAACCGUUCAAUGCUCCAGUUAAUCCUGUUGCACUAGGAAUACCAGACUACUUUGAUGUCAUUGACACGCCUAUGGAUUUUGGGACAAUACGCAACAACCUUGAAAGUGGCGCUAAGUAUAUGAAUUCAAGAGACGUGUUUAAAGAUGUCCAAUAUAUCUGGGAAAACUGUUUCAAGUAUAACAAUAAAGGUGAUUACAUUGUGGACCUCAUGAAGCGUGUGAAGAAAAACUUAAUGAAGUAUUGGACAGCCGCAGGGUUGUAUACUGAGCAACCACAAGGCACUGAUGUGGGCAUUGAAAGCAGUCAAUCAAAGGAUGUUGCACCUACCAGCAAUUCAAAUAUGCAGGUGAAAGGUGGUCACUUUAAACACAAGAUGCGGAAACGCCAUGGAGUUAAACGGCAUAAGGACGACUGUCUGUGUGCCAUAUGUGUUAUGAUGCGUCGUAGGCAGGAGCGUGAGGAGAGUGCUCAAAUUGAAGACCAUCUACAGACCAGUAGCAGUCAUGUAGCUCAAGAGAUGAAGCCAGAGGAACCAUCACCUGCAGAAAGUCCUUACGGCGAGGAUACUUCAUCAAAUAUGAAUAAUUCACCAGGGCUGGAUGCAGAUGCUGACUUGGAAGAAAGAGGAGAGGAGGUGAAGCUAGAAGGUACUGAACAGCUAUAUGGCCCUAAUCCUCUACAAGAGAAGCUGGAGGUGGAGAAGGGUACUGAAAUGGUGAUCCAGACCAAAGGAGGGGGAGAAAUCUCUGGACAGUCACAGCCAAGUGAAAGAUCUGAAGAGGAGCACAGUAGAGGGUACCCUACCCCCACAGUGGAGUCCGGUGGUGAUAUGCAUGUUGAUGUUCAGAUAGGAGAAACGCCAAUGCAACAUGAGAAUGUAAAUGCAGCAAUUGAGCACCAGAGGCUAAAGAAGUUGUCAGAGAAGAAGCAGCAGAAGGCAAAAAUGUAUGAGAACCUCCAUCGCUUUGAAAAUCCAAUACUUUUGAAGUUAUGUGGAACAGUCUUUCCCGACGAUCGUAAAUCUGUGUGGAGUGGGCCCCAUUCACUGGCCAGGCACCGGGAUCUUGGUCGUAGUAGUUUGAUUCAUGAAGCUGUCGCAACGUUCAUGAAGUAGAUGGAUGAAUGCAACCCAAUGCUGUCAUAAUUUGUUGAAGUAGUUAAUUUGAUGCGGGUAACACUUCAAGGCAAGUUCAGCGUUUGGCAUCGGGUUUUGGUAAAACAAGAUAUUGACUUUGGAAUAAUCCAAUGGCCUUUCAUGUGUCACAUUUCAUGAAGCUGUCGCAACGUUCAUGAAGUACAUGGCUGCAUGCAACCCAAUGCUGUCUUAAUUUGUUGCGGGUAACACUUCAAGGCAAGUUAAGCGUUUGGCCUCGGGUUUGGGUAAAACAAGAUAUUGAUUUUGGAAUAAUCCAAUGGCCUAAAUGUGUCACAUUUCGUGACUGCAAUUUUCUUGUUGAAA